AUGGAUCCAGACGGUCUCUUCGACUUUCUCGCUCCGGCGGAGGCCGCUUCCAGCCCAGCUGCUUCGCCAGCCUCGUCGCCCUCCAAGAAGCAAAGGAAACGCACGAAAGCGGCAGCUUCUGCUGCUGCCUCCUCAUCAUCCAAUGCUGCCGCGAGCUCCUCCAAAGCCGAUUCGCAGGCAAAGGAGACAUCGGUGUCACGCUCGCAGAACGGCGACGGAACGUCGUCGGAAGCAGCUAAAAGCAAUGGCGAUGGUGCAGCCGAGAAGGCCUCUGACGAUGAUGAAGCAGCACCAGGCCCUUCCAAGCGCCAGAAGCUCAGCGUCGUCGCUGACAAGGCAGCGCCCGUUCCCACUGUCGUGACAGACGAGUUCACCGACCAGGCUACUCAAGCUAUCCCACUCAAAGGCGGUCUCGCACCCUCUGACGCUGCAGAUGCCGAUGCCAGCGCAAGCGCUGAUGGCGAUGCGGCUAACGGCACUUCCACUGCAGACGCCAAUGCUGCCGAGAAGAAGAUGCACGUCACUCAUUCGGUGCGUCACCAGGUCGCGCUCCCUCCCGAUUACCCAUACGUCCCGCUCUCUCAGCACGUCCCCAAUGAUCCGCCAGCAAAAGAGUACAAAUUCACACUCGACCCCUUCCAGCGCAACUCGGUCUCCUGCAUCGAGCGCAACGAAUCGGUCCUCGUCUCGGCACACACGUCGGCGGGUAAGACCGUCGUCGCCGAGUACGCCAUCGCACAGUGUCUCAAGAACGGCCAGCGUGUCGUCUACACCUCGCCCAUCAAGGCGCUUUCGAAUCAAAAGUUCCGUGAACUCACCGCCGAGUUCGGCGAUGUCGGCCUCAUGACCGGCGAUGUUACCAUCAACCCCUCGGCGUCGUGUCUCGUCAUGACCACCGAGAUUCUCCGUUCCAUGCUCUAUCGCGGCUCCGAGAUCAUGCGCGAGGUGGCCUGGGUCGUGUUCGACGAGAUCCACUACAUGCGCGACAAGGAGCGUGGUGUGGUCUGGGAGGAGACGAUCAUCCUGCUCCCACGCAAAGUGCGAUACGUUUUCCUCUCGGCUACCAUCCCGAACGCGAUGCAGUUCGCCGAAUGGAUUGCACACACCCACGCUCAGCCUUGCCACGUCGUCUACACCGACUUUAGACCCACUCCUCUCCAGCACUACCUGUUCCCUCAAGGUGGCGAGGGCAUCCACCUCGUAGUGGACGAGCGCGGAACGUUCCGCGAGGACAACUUCCAGAAAGCCAUGGGUGCGCUGGCCGACUCGAAAGGCGAAGAUGUGGCCGACCCCAACGCCGGCGGGGGCAAGCGUCGCGGUCAGGUCAAGAAGGGCGGCAAUGGCGGCAAAAAGGGCCCCUCCGACAUUUACAAGAUCGUCAAGAUGAUCAUGGUCAAGAACUACAACCCCGUCAUCGUGUUCGCCUUCUCCAAGCGUGAAUGUGAGGCACUCGCGCUGCAGAUGAGCAAGCUCGAGUUCAACACGGACGACGAAAAGGAGAUGGUCUCGACGGUCUUCACGAACGCCAUCAACGCUCUGUCGGAAGAAGACAGAGGUCUGCCGCAGAUCGAGCACAUCCUACCUCUCUUGCGUCGCGGCAUCGGUAUCCACCAUGGCGGUCUUCUGCCCAUCCUCAAGGAGGUUAUCGAAAUUUUGUUCCAAGAGGGACUCAUCAAGGUGCUCUUUGCCACCGAAACCUUCUCCAUCGGUCUCAACAUGCCUGCCAAAACAGUCGUCUUCACCGCCGUCAACAAGUGGGACGGAAAGGAGUUCCGCAAUCUCACUUCGGGUGAAUUCAUUCAGAUGUCCGGUCGUGCCGGUCGACGUGGUCUCGACGACCGCGGCAUCGUCAUCAUGAUGUUCGACGAGAAGCUCGAGCCCUCUGCGGCCAAGACGAUGGUCAAGGGCGAAGCCGAUCGCCUCAACUCGGCCUUCCACCUCGGCUACAACAUGAUCUUGAACCUCAUGCGUGUUGAAGGCAUCUCGCCAGAGUACAUGCUCGAACGCUGCUUCUUCCAGUUCCAGAACGCGGCGUCCGUGCCGGCGCUGGAAGCGGAGCAGAAGGCGGCGGAGGAGCAGCGCGAUGCGAUCAAGGUCGAGCGCGAGGAGGAGGUGGCCGAGUACUAUGAUGUCAAGCACCAGCUCGAGGUGUUGCGCAAGGAUGUGCAGACGGUGGUGACGCAUCCCUCGUACGUCCUGCCAUUCCUGCAGCCGGGACGGUUGGUCAAGGUGAAGCAUGAGGUGCUCGACUUCGGCUGGGGUGCAGUGGUGUCGUAUGAGAAGCGCUUGCCGAACACACCCGGCAAGCGCGGACCGGCGAUCGACCCAAACGCCCCGCCGCAGAACCACUACGUCGUGGACGUGCUGCUGCACUGCGCCCCCGGAUCGUCGAGCUCUUCGGACAAGAAGAAGCCCGAGGGCGGCGUGGGUAACUUCGCCCCCUGCCCCGAAGGCAAGAAGGGCGAGAUGAUCAUCGUGCCCGUUCUCCUCUCCACCAUCGAAUCGCUCUCCGGUAUCCGCAUCUUCCUGGCCAAAGACCUACGACCCACCGAACCGCGCGAGGUGGUCCGCAAGAAUCUCCUCGAGGUGCGUCGUCGUUUCCCCAAAGGUGUACCCCUUCUGGACCCCAUCAAGGACAUGAAGAUCAAGGACGAGUCGUUUGCCCACCUUGUCGAAAAGAUCAAGAUUCUCGAUGACAAACUGUCCUCCUCUCCGCUGCUCAAAGAUUCUGAUCUUCCGCGACUCUAUGAGGCCUACUCCAAAAAGCAACAGGCGCAGGAGGUGGUUUCCGCGGUGGCGCAAAAGAUUGCGGCGGCGCACUCGGUUCUCCAACUGGACGAGCUCAAGUGUCGCAAGCGCGUGCUUCGUCGUUUGGGGUUCACAACAUCCGACGAUGUGGUCGAAAAGAAAGGUCGAGUGGCCUGCGAGAUCAGUACGGGCGACGAGCUGUUGUUGACGGAAAUGAUCUUCAACGGUGUCUUCAACGACUUGACUCCGCCACAGUGUGCGGCGCUGCUAUCGUGCUUUGUCUUUGGCGAGAAGAGCACUACGCAGACCCGGCUGUCCGAGACACUCGCCGCCCCGCUCCGCGUCAUGCAAGAGACCGCGAGGAGAAUUGCAAAGGUCUCCAUCGAAAGCAAGCUGCCUUUGGUCGAGGAGGAAUACGUUGCAGGGUUCAAGGUCGAACUCAUGGACCUGGUGCUUCAGUGGUGCAACGGCGCCAAGUUCGCAGAAAUCUGCAAGCUGACGGAUGUGUUUGAAGGCAGUAUCAUUAGGUGCAUGAGGAGAUUGCAGGAGCUGAUCAGACAGCUGGUGAGCGCUGCCAAAGCAAUUGGGAACGAGGGGCUUGCCGAGAAGUUCGAAAGGACUCUGGGGAUGCUGGAGAGGGAAGGGAGCAUUAUUUUCAGCCCGAGUCUGUAUUUGUAA